GGCGUGGUCUGCACACCUUCCGGCCUUUCGGUUUAUCGGCUCGGAGGAGGCCAAGGUGCAACUUUCUUCGGUCGUCCCGAAUCCGGGUUCAUCCGACACCAGCCGCCUCCACCAUGCCGCCUAAGUUCGACCCCAACGAGAUCAAAGUCGUGUACCUGAGGUGCACCGGUGGCGAAGUCGGUGCCACGUCUGCCCUGGCCCCCAAGAUCGGCCCCCUGGGUCUGUCUCCAAAAAAGGUUGGUGAUGACAUCGCCAAGGCAACCGGUGACUGGAAGGGUCUGAGGAUUACAGUGAAACUAACUAUUCAAAACAGACAGGCCCAGAUUGAAGUGGUACCUUCUGCCUCUGCCCUGAUCAUCAAAGCCCUCAAGGAACCACCAAGAGACAGAAAGAAACAGAAAAACAUUAAACACAACGGAAAUAUCACUUUUGAUGAGAUUGUCAACAUUGCCAGACAGAUGCGGCACCGAUCUUUAGCCAGAGAACUCUCUGGAACCAUUAAAGAGAUCCUGGGGACUGCCCAGUCUGUGGGCUGCAAUGUUGAUGGCCGCCACCCACAUGACAUCAUAGAUGACAUCAACAGUGGUGCAGUGGAAUGCCCAGCUAGUUAAAAAGUACGAAGGAAAAUAUUUCAAUAAAGGAUCAUUUAACACCCACUGG